AUGACCAAAGUAGUUCCUGCUUCUUCUGAGGCCGAAGUGGGUGAUGUUGCUCCAAACGGCUGCGAUCAAAAACAAUCACAAAAUAAUGAUUUAAAACAGGAACAAGUACUUGGAGAUGGGUUUGAGGGAGAUCGAGAUUUAGAAUCUCAACAUGAAACAUGUGAUUACCUACACAGAAAAACGGGCAUUAGAAUUUCAGAAAUAAUUUCCAUAUUGGGAUGGCUCGUUUGUGGAGCUGUUUGUAUUUAUUAUAUUUAUAUUGAGGCUGUUGGUUACCAGGAUGCUGUCAGCAAUCCUACCACUUCGGUUGCUUAUGUGGAACAAGUACCACUUCAUUUUCCAGCAGUGACGAUUUGUAAUUGGAACGCAGCUUAUUAUUGUGAUUAUUGCACGUUAACGUUACGAGCCUGUACAAUGGUCAACGCAACAGAUGGAACAAUUAUUGACUGUCCUUUCGAAAUGACCACGACAACGAUCGAGCAAAGUGGACAAUUCUUUACGUGUUAUGUUUUCAACAACAAUACAGAGCAUCCUGUGAGCGUGAGUACGACCGGCUAUGGAGGGUCGAUUAGCAUGUACUUUGAUGUACCACUAGCGCCUCUGGAUAGAGAUUCUCGUUUCGGAUUGCAGGCUUCUUUUCAUGAAAUAGGUACUGUCCCUCCAGUGUUUGCAGAGACAAAUUUUGCAGUUCCAUUCGUUGAUAAUUUCUUUACCUUAACUAAGGUCAUUACGAAUCGAUUGAAAGAAACGAAAGAAGCUCCCAAACAUACCGUUUAUUGGAGCUCUCGAGUCUCUAACGUUCAGUUAACACAGAAUAGCUCGACAUCUGUCGUUGUGUCCUUUGCGUACACGACAUUGAAUAUCAAAGAAAUUACAGAAAUUGUUUCAAAAACAUCGCUUCAGCUCUUUGGAGAAAUUGCUGGAAUGCUUGGUACACUGAUGGGCAUUGACAUUUUAAAA